CUGUGGUAUAACGUCUCUUGUACAAACUUAACAUAAACAAUCGGGAAACGUCAAUCAGGUUCUAAGGCAGGCGAUAUCUUGAGUAGCUAUAUAUUUAAUGAGAUAAUAUAAAAUGAGAUUAGUCUCAAGUAAACGCCACGUAAGUUGAUCUUUUUUGUGCAGUGAAAUUUUAACUAAAACAAAGUUCUUUCUUUAUUUAUUGUGAAAGCUGCCGCGUGUCACAAUAUGCAUAGGUUAAUUUGUUUUGUGUUAGUUUUCUCUUUUCCAUUUGAAACAGUAGUUAGCAAAAGAUUUGAUCUCAAACAGAUGAAAUGUUUGGUUUGUCAAAGAGUGGUUGAAGAAAUUGAAAAAGAAAUAGACAAAAUUGAUCCAAGUAGAAAAGUUGAUGUCGGCAGUUACAGACUUGAUAAUCAGGGCGAGGUAAAAAAAUCGGUGGUAGAACUGAGGAGGUCAGAAGUGUUUCUUACAGAUGUGAUAGAAAAGACGUGUGAAAAAAUGGACGACUAUGUCCGAGCCACCUACAAGUCCAACGGUCAGCUCACUGUUAUCAAGCUGGUAUCCGAUGAUGGAAAGAUGAAUCCAGAUUUGGGAGAAGUUGACAUUGUUACUGAUGGUGAUAUUGAAUCACUGAAAUUUUAUUGUGAAAGCAUCCUAGAGGAAUAUGAAGAUGUAGCCAUGAAGCUGUUCAGAAGUGGCGUGGACAACAUUGACAUUCGCCUUUGUUCAGACUCCGCACAUUUUUGUAAUCAGUCUCUCGAUGAUGAAUAUAAUUUUGAAGAAGAAAAAGAUGAAUUGUAGCAUUAAUUUCAUAUAGUGUUUUACAUUUUUAAAGAAAUUUAGUUUAAAUUAUUUUGAAAUGGGGCGUUUAUUAUUUUGAUUUAGAAUAUGGUAUUCUUAGUACAAAAUUGAACAUUUUGGCAUGUUAAGUUAAGAUAGUUUAUAUAAAUAUUUUUAUAAGGAAAAUUAAGGUUGUAUUCUGAUUACCAACAUCAAGUAUUAUAUAUAAUCAUGUACAAUCAGUGCAUAACAAAUUAAUGAAUGUUUUGAAUUUUAUGGUAAACAUUACUGUGUGGGUAAUAAAUAUGUUUGUUCACGUAGGGUUGCCAUAUCUCCAGGUUUUUUCGGAGAUUACAAAAGAGUAAAAAAUAUAGCUCCGGAAUUUUAUGCAAAACAACUAAAAAUCUACUCUUCCUUAAUGUUUCAAUAAAAAUAUGUUAUGUAACGUAAAUUUUGUGUUUGAAAUCAUUUUGGAGAAUGAACAGUAUUUAUGUUUGCAGCUUUAUUACAACAUGAUUACCGAACCCAAACCCUAUACACUCAAGUCUCAUAAUAUUACUUUUUGGUCUUUUUUGGUAGAAGAUAGGGUCCACAAACAAGUACACUUGGUACUAUAUUGAUCAUGUGCUAGCUCUAGUACUGGCUUGAUUUCCACAAACGAGUCCAUUCAGGUGUGAUUUACCCUUAGCACUCGGAAGGAAAUAACAGAUAUUGGCCAUGAGGUCGGAUUGGCCAUGCAAGUGACCCCCCUCAUCGUAGCUGAGCAGGUAGGGCCAUGAGUGAGGUCAGCCCGUGUUGUGACGUGCUACAGCAAGAAUGGCCACACUCAAAACCCACUAUACUACAUCACUAUUAUUUUGAGUACGAAAAAAAUUCUUUGCCUUCUAGGAUUGACAAGUGUUGCUUUUCAUCAGGAACUCUGGCAACCAUGAAAAUCUAGUACACAUUAUUUCUGAUUUCUUUAGUUCUGUUCUGACGCCUUUUGUAGUACCACAUACUUCUACUACUAGUAACAUACCAGUUGAGUUUAUUAUUUUACAAAUGUUAUUGUAAUACUGAAUAUGAUAUAAUGGUGUAGAUUGUCAUGACCUAGGUUUUGACGGGGCAAGACAAAUUAUUACAACACUAGAAUUUGAUGAUAAUGAUAGUGAUUUUGAUGGUUUAAAGAGAACUAACGGUGAGCAAAAUUAUUUACUUCAUUCAACUGAAUUAGUUGAUUACAUUUUAAUGCCAUACUUGUAUUUUUAUACUUUUAUUAUAAAAUAUUGAUUAUUCACUCUAAGCUACACGGUGUAAUUUUUAAUUUCACUAAAAUUGGUAUUAUAUUGAUAAUUAAAUCAAACUUUACAUUUUACAUAUUAAUUUAUAAUUUGUAAAUAAAGUGGAAUUGCAUUAUGAAACAACAAUUUACUACUAGUUUAUCACCCAUAAUCAUGCUUUACAAUUAAAUAUAAAAACUACGUUAUUGUAUAUUAAACAUUGUUUGUAUAAAACUCACACAAUAAUUUAUAUCAUGGCUUGUUGUUUACAUCAGCGUAAGUACGUGAAUCUUACCAUACAACAAUAUUAUGGACAUUUGAUAUUGAGGUAGGUGAAGCCAAUUUGAAUUUACCUGGAAAAAUAAGUCCGAUCUGUCAUCAUUAAGUGGUAAGCAGAGAAAUCUGACCGGAUGGGAGAAUGUGUAGUGAGCCUGUAGCACGGCCACCUGGUGUGGGAGAACAACACAUCACACUGAAUAUCUGAGUGCACUAUAAGACAAGACUGGGUCUUGUGCCUGGUCCGAGCGCUAAGGGUUUAAUUAGGUAUCCUUGAAUAUGUUGAACAUUUUGGUACAACAUUGACAGUAUUUGGUUCAAAGCAAAUUUUGUUACUAUAGGUUUAUAUUGUACGCUAGUUUGACUAUCAUAAUAUAUAAUUAUAUGAUAGUCAUAUAAAUUUCAUAUGACUAAUAUAAAAAAAUAUUAACUAAUAGCUGAUUACAAUAACUGAUCAAACAUUAUUUUUAAAUUUGACAUCUUGUUUUUAAACCUGCUGUUUACGAGGAAAUUAAGUUAAUUGCUAGCAAGUGGUUGACGUUAAAUAUGUGAUUGUUUUUAGAUUUGUACUUCAAUGAAUUAUUUUUUUAAAGGCUCAUUUAUAUUUCUCAAUAAACUCUGUAGUUUAUUAAAUUAAAAAGUACGCCCUUCAUUGUUUUAUAAGUUUAGUUUUUAUUUUUUUAUAUAGUUUUUAUUUUUCUAUAUAGUUUUUAUUCUUUUAUAUCGUUUUUGAGUGAUUUAUGAACAAUUAUGUACAAAUUAAAAUAAAUGGUAUGUUUUAUAAAACAUUUGGGAAUUAUAGGCAUAAUAUUAGUAAAUGAUUUAAAUUUAUUUAUUUUUUAUAUUAAAAUAUAUUCAAAGCUUUUUAUAAUACUUAAUUUUCAAAAUAUUUCUAGGUCACCCUCGACCCCCUCCCCGCCUAUCCAAAGUUAGUGGGUUUAUCAGCUAAAAUCACCUCUUUUUCCAAUAUUACCAUAUGGCAACCCUAUGUUCACCAUACUUUCUCUAAUAAGAAAAUCAUGGAAGUUUAAUAAAGUAUAAUGAAAAUAAUUGGCAUAAACAGGCUAUUGUAGAUA